AUGUAUAUGAUGGCUAAAGAGGAGGGAUAAUAAUAAUGGCAUUGAAGAGUCAAUUGAUAAUAAUUAGUAGCAAUUUUUUGCUACUUAUGAUAACAACAACAAUAUUAACAAAUCAAUUGUGUUGUUGUUUGAAUGGUCUGACCAUUGCUACCGCCGCCGAUGGCGACAAUGAAUUACAAAUCAGAUCAUCGGUCCGAUCGUAUAGUAGUAGUAGUAGUAGUAGUAGUAAUGAUGACGACAUUAGUAGUGGUGGUCAGCGGCCGACUCAACCAAUUACCGAACAGCCAGCCGUAAUGAUGAUACCGGCCACCGGUUUCGGACAGUUUGUACCGCAAGAUCAUAGCGGUCCCGACGACACAGGCGUUAGUGUUGGUGUCCAUCAAAUACAGUCCAAAAGAAACGAUACGACUGUUACCGUAGCCGACAACCCAUUAGCACCACAGCCACCAGUGAUGACCACUGGUUCGGGCGGUAGUAGUAGUGGUGGCGGUGUCCGACCUGGCGAUGGAUGUACAGUGAUUGGCCAGACAACCUGUGAAUGUGUUGGCCAAUCGGUUACCGAAGUUCCCGCCAAUUUGAGCCGUCAGCUGAAAAAACUUUGUUUGGGUGUCACUAAACACUGGAUGUAUUAG